AUGAUUAAUACAAUCUUUUGGAACAUUAGAGGAGUAAGGACCAAAAAAGCCAAUCACAGGCUUAAGAAUCUUAUCAAAAUUCAUAAAGUUGAUUUUGUUGCUAUUCUAGAACCAUUCUUGAAUAUGAACAAAAUUGAGAAAUAUAUGAAAUACUUUGGUUUUCAACAUAAUCUCUCCAAUUUGAAUGGCCAAAUUUGGCUUUUUUGGGCUGGAAAUUACAACACCUCUGUUAUUGACAACACUGAUCAACAGAUCACUAUCAAGAUGCACAGCUCCAACACUGGCAAGGAUAUCUUCUUUACUGCAGUAUAUGCUAAAUGCACUGCAUUGGAAAGGAAAGAUCUUUGGGAGGAUUUGGAAAGAGUUCACCAUCUUAUUCAGGGGCCAUGGUGUAUUAGUGGAGACUUUAAUGUCAUCCUAGAUCCUGAUGAGAAACUUGGAGGAAGACCUCAUAGAAUGUAUAAGAGUUUAGAUUUUAGUAGUUGA